AUUUUUCCCGUGAUCAUGCCAUGCGAUGAUUGCAUGCGAAGUUCAUGUCCGUAUUCUCAAUUUCAGACAUCGUCAUAGUAAACGAAGACGGCGACUGCACAUCGGACAGGAACCCAUUCCGCUGCGAACUCUGCGACAAAUACUUCACCCGAAAGGAUCACCUCCAGAAGCACACUAAAUCAAACCAUCACCAAUUGCACCAGACAAAACUCAAGUUGCAGGAAAUGGAGCGGUCACUUUCCGAAGCACCGUCGCCGGAUCAUUUUCUCACAAGGCACGAGUCUGAGAGAGCGUACGAGAGCACGUUGCAGCGCCUCCCCGAUGACCGGUUCUCAAGCAAUAGCAGCAGUCCCCGGGAUGCAUUCACGUACACCUUGGUGAGGGAGAACAGCGAACCGAAAGAUAUGAGAGUUCGAGAUACCGGCUCAGACAGAGACGCUAAAGAAAGCCUAGAUCUCCAGUCGAACAUAGAGAGGAUGAUCCCCGGGUCUGUCUACAAUACGGUCGAGCGAGACCACCAGCGCCCUGAACGUGAAUGCCAGCGGCCUGAACGUGAUUACCAGCGCCUUGAUCGCGACUACCAAGGCCCAGAACUUAACUACCACCAUCCGGCAAAUGACAAAGACUACCAGCAAACUAGCAUAGAUGAUAGAGACUUCCAGCGUCUUGGUAACAACGGCCACUACCAUCUGGGGGUAACUGAGCGCGACUACAACAAUCCCGAGCGAAACUUCCAGCGGCCCGAACGGGAGUUUUCCAGGCAAGAGAUGACCAUCGCCGAGACAGAGGUCUUGAAACAGCCUCCUUCCAACGUCUCUAUCAAGCAAGAGGUGGAUGAUGAUGACAGAAGUUCUGCCAAAACCAUGUCAUCUCCAGCCCACUCUCCAGUGCCAACGACCCCGCAUAACCACUACACGAAGAUCUCCGGGGUGCCCUGCCCUGCCACGCCAACGAGAUACACAGCGCCGGUGCACAUAGAUGUUGGAGGCGUCAUCUACACAUCUUCACUUGAAACGUUAACAAAAUUCCCAGACUCCCGCCUCGGCAGGAUGUUCAAUGGCAGCAUUCCAAUCGUUCUGGACAGUCUCAAGCAACACUAUUUCAUAGACCGUGACGGGAAAAUGUUCAGAUACAUACUGAAUUAUCUGCGUUCUUCAAGACUACUCCUGCCUGACACAUUCAAUGAGUUUGAGGCCUUGUACGACGAGGCCAAAUACUACGACCUAGCUGGUCUGGUAAGGGAGAUAGAGAUAACGCGUGACCAAAGGAGAGCUUACAAGAUGGUGAAAGCGGGCAGUCCCGUUCAUCACCCCGUCACCGGAAAUAAUGGAACUACGAUAAAAGUAGAACCUAAUUCGGAAGAACAUUGUGAGUGCGUUGCCGUUCACGUAAGCCCUGAUCUGGGCGAAAGAAUAUGUCUUACUGCAGAUCGUGCGCUAGUUGAGGAGGUAUUCCCAGAGCUAAACGCAGCACUGAUGGACUCGCGAUGUUCCGGAUUCAACAUGGACAAUCGCUACGUCAUCAGAUUUCCGGUGAAUGGCUACUGUAAACUCAAUUCACUGCAGGUUUUGCAAAGACUAAUGUGCCAAGGAUUCCAGCUCGUCGGAGCUGUAGGGGGUGGUGUGGAAGGGCAGCAGUUCAGUGAAUAUAUCUUGUGCAAGAAGAUUCGAAUACGGUAACAUAAAGGGAGCAUGGCGAUUACUAUUGAUACUUUCAAAGGAGACAAAUACUAAAGACUUGGAUGGACCAUGAUCUGAUGACGUCAUCAAUUCAAACCGGUGGCCAUGUUGGUCUGCGUUUUCUUUGUGUAUGCUGGUCAGCACCGACAUAUACCUGUAUGUUUUGGCCAAGGCUACAGAGUUCUACCAAACGCAAUGAACAAUAACUCGGUAGAAAUCUGAAAACUGAAGAAUGGCGGCUAUAUGAUAUUGAUGACGUUAUUAGAACUGGUGUACAUUUCAUGCACUCGUCUUUUGGGCCGCUGUCAUAACUCGAAUCAAAGUAUUUUGUUGUUUUUAUUAUAAAUGUUUAUGUAUAUAUUUAAACAUUAUAAACUCCAGAUGAUUGGGCAGACACAGAUUGGGGCUGACACAGCCAUGGACCCGUUACGGGAGGCUCUACUCGCUGUGGUUAAAGUUCGCUACAGGCCUUAAACAUGACACUGUAUAAACGUUUUUAUAUAAACGGUCAAAGGGGUAAAUGUGCUGAAAUCAAUUAUGGCCUAUCCCUUGCAUUUAUUUUAACCACCCUAAAUUAGGAACAUUUACAGUUCUAUCUACCAUUGUAUACAGAUAUUGCUUAUGCAAACAGCAGUUACACGUAAAUAUGAAUAGUUUGCAUUUCCAAAAAGAGGACGCCAGCGCAAAAUGUGGGUCACGGCGUACCUUGAGAAAAAGGUGUAUUUAUAACCUUUUUCGAAGAGGGUAAUGUUCCUUCCUCUGACUUCUCUCUGUGGAAAACGCUAGACUAUGGAUUCACCCUAUUCCAUUGAGGUGUGUCCGAACUCCUUGCACAAAACCUUUCUUAAACACUAGAGCUUACCAUGUUAAUUACACCCUACUUGUUUGUUAUAUAUACAAUAUUUUGUGGCCCAUGUCAUCAUUCUAUGUGGUGAUGCAGCUGUUCUCGUCUUCCUUCUGUUCCACUAGAUCCCUUACCCUCGAGUACAUGAUUGCUUUCACAGAAGCAUCGUCCGUGGUGUUGUAUUUAAUUGCAUGACCUCAAUAUUUGCCUAGCACCAUCAGGGACUAACUUUGAGCUACAAUGUACCUUUCACCAACUUUGUAGUCGGUUUUGCCAUUUAAAUGGCUUCCCCAACAACUUGCGUACACCAGUUAUGUAAUGCACUUUGGACAUUGCCUGCUAUGGUCUGUCGAAUCAAUCUGCCCGUAACCCACUUUCACAUAAGUCCAAUGUAAGUUUCAGCUGGUCUCGACACCAAUGACUGUACAAGAAAAAAUCAUAUGCCCUGGCGGCUAGUGUAAUAUGAUAUAUUCCAUUAUUUUCACUGUUUUUGCCAAGAUACGGGCACUGGGUUUACAUAGAAUUACGUAUAACGUUACUAUGGAGGUAUGUUAGAAUAAUGAAUAUAUGGUUUAUGAGGAGCAUUAUAGAAGAAAUGGUUGCCAAGCGCAAACUGAGGUGGAUUUAACAAUGAUUUCUAUACUGCUUUUCGAUGUGUAUCGCUUCUUCAUUAGCUUCACUGGCAGAACCCUACUUGCGCUGACUCGUGGUUGUUUUGUGGAUGUUCUCAGAUAUACAAUGUAAGUUUGGUCAAGAUCUACAGCCCUAUGCUGUGCACUGUUGAGUGAUAAAUGUUGGAAAUUGUACCUCCUUUGGGCAUCUAUUUCAUUACUUGGGCCUACAAUUUGUAUUAAUUGGUUUGAUCAGUGUGUUUUCUUGGUUGCAGUCCAACUCUUCUUUACCCUAUUUCAUUACACACCCUAGAAUAUGACCAAUAGUAUUUCAACACGUAUUUUUCGUCUCCACCACGCCUAACCUUGCAAAUUGUUGUUGUUUACUGAAACAGAUAAGAGAUCAGCGGAUUAUUAUUAGUAUGUAACGGUGCAAGUUUUGAUUAUAGUAUUCUCUUAGUAAACUCUUUGUUUAGAUUUGGGUCAUUAUACAGUGUAUGUGAUACGUUCAGUCUCAAGAUCUUUAUUAACACUGUCACCGCGAUGGCCAUUCGAAUGAAUAUACCUUGUGCUUCGGGCCAAAAUAGACUCCCCGAAUCUUUCUCAAACGUAUUUGACAGGGUGAAAUGCAUUCCUUCCUCCACUUUCGCCAAUCACAAAAGAUCGGGCGGGCCCCCUCUUACCGGAAAUCUAUUCCCCGGGCCCAUCCACUGCGAUCGUAUCGAUUGAUGCACUAGUCCGCGUAAAAUGCAUAGUGGCUCACUCUUUACUCAGUAGGUCAUCCUUGUGCUUUCUUGGUUUUUGGUGGACGAAAUGGCGAGUUUACUCAUACCCCGUAAUAACUGCAGAGACCCUAUAUAAUUUGCUCUCUGUUUUCUCCAGCAGAUUGUGCAAACUUGCCCUCCGAAUCCUAGAUAGAAUGUACACAUGUUCUUCAUUUGCAUCGAAAUGUAAUAGGGGCCUAUUGAGCUGGUAGACACAUUUUUUUAAAGAUCCUCGGAAAACAGCGUCACUCUCGUAGAGACGAGCAAAUAUUUUUCUCUAGAUGUAUUUUCUCUCGAAAUGUCUUCUUUUUAUGAUCACUGCAUUAGUUAUCUUUUGUACAGUGUACAUGUAUGGAGUUGUGUAGUGGUUUCCGUGAAUUAUAAUGGCGGUUCGCUGGCACGAAAAUUGUAGAAGAUCAUACUGAUACUGUUCUUGGUGACCGAUCAAUGACAAAAUUAUUUUAUUCGUAAGCGGUUUCGCUCAUGCAUAAUUACAUGUAAUCAUGGUAAUUACUUUUGCCGUUGUUCAGGGGUUACGGCGUAUUAUGUCAUCACUCCUCACCCCCUUCCAUUUGCCAAAUUAUCUAAACUGCGAAUAUAUACGACAACCAAAAUUAGUUGUGCAUGAGCGAUCGCGUACGAAUGAAAUAAUUUUGUCUUAGAAGCUCUGUACACACUGACAACAUUUUGGGAAACAUGUUGGCCAACAUGUUGUCCAGGUGCGAUGUUAUCGAAAAUUUUGCCCUGUAUACACAUGACAACAUUCGACAACAUGUUGGGCAACUUGUUGUCGAAUGUUUCCGAGAAAUGAGGAUUUUUGAGGGAAUAUUUUUGAGGGAAAUUCAUAAACAAUGGAAGAUUCCAAGAGAAGAAGAUGUAUUGUCGGUGGCUCUGCCAUAAUUUUACGU